CAGGAGACUUCACAGCCCAACACGAGCGGAAUUCAGACAUGGCAUCCUACAUGCGACCGUACACGCGGUGUCUCCGGCUCUCGAGGAAACAUUGGGCAAGCCUGCAGCGAUAUGGAAGUGGAUACGUAGUCCUGCUGCCCGAAAUCCCGGAGGACACAUCCGCCAGCAAUUCUAUCCUGAAAACUGAUGGCUACCCAGAAUAUGAUCAGCUGAGUGCAGAGAGGAUUUAUGGAGGCUUGGGUAGACACAUUUUGGAGUACGAGACUGGGCUAUCCCAGAUUGAAGAGUCCCUUAAAGAUGGGACAGUCCCAAAGACUUUCAAGACAGUUAUGGAACCCUUGGAGAAGCUCAGUGUUCCACUGGAUUGUGCAUGGAGUAUAGCUAAGGUGAUCUACACUGCUAGGAAUGACCUCCUACCAGGAACUAGCUAUCUUCCACUCCAUGAAAGGGCCAAGCAAGCUCGACUGCAGAAGUUCUGUAGCCUUCCAUUGUUCUAUGCUGUGAAGGAACUGAAUGCUGAUAGGGACAAAUUGACAGGUCCUCAGAAGCGGAUUGUAGACAAAUUCCUGCUGGAGGCAUGUCUUAAUGGAAUUGAACUGACUGGUGCUGCUGAGGAACAGCUAAAAACCACUUUGCAGAAAUUGAUGAAGGAGAGGAAGAUCUUCAGGGAGAAGUGUGAGACAUCUCUGAGGCGAUUCAAGCACACAAUUCGAGAUCCUGGUCUAGUGAAGGAGUUCCCUGCAGAUCUCCUCAAGUCAAUGGCAGACGACAGUACAAGACCCCAAGAGGGACCAUGGACUGUAACACAGAAGCCUCAUAUCUACCGCCGAUUCCUGGAGUACUGCCCAGAUAGGACACUGAGGUGGAAUGCUUGGCAUGCUCACACCACACUCGCUUCAUCCCACAUCAACCAGGAUAUCAAUCAUAGUGUGACGCUAGAAGAGAUCCGUUCCCUGAGAAAAGACCUGGCUCAAGUCCUUGGCUAUGAAUCCUUUGCUCACAUGUCCAUGGAGACAAAAAUGGCUGGGAAGCUAGAAACUGUCCAAUCCAUGAUUACCACUCUAGCACAUUCUACUCGUAUAACCCAUGAGAAGCAGCUGGAGGAGCUGCAAGACUUUGCCCACAAGUCAGGAUUUGAAGGCAAGCUGCAGCUAUGGGACCUUCCCUACUGGAGGAGGAAACACAAGCUCAGUCUUGUCAACAUGGAUGAAGCAAGGGCGAGAGAGUAUUUUCCAUUCCCACAUGUCCUGGAUUCUCUGCUGGAAAUCUGUCAAGAUUGGUUUGGUGUUCGGUUUGAGAGGAGUGAGCCUCGACCACCCACAUUUCACCCAGAUGUUUUAUUUUAUCGUGUCUGUGAUGAGGAAAGUGGGGAAGAACUGGCAGCUGUUUACAUUGAUCCCUACAUGAGGCCAGGUGAGAAGCUGUAUACGCAACCAAAUGCAGCAUGGAUGAUGGGAGGCCGAAGCAGGAGUGAAGUGGUGAAAACAAAACCCAUUGCUAACCUCAUCUUCAACUUCCUCCCUCCACUUGGGUCUCAGCCAGCUCUUCUCUCCAUCGCUGACCUUCAGACCCUCUUAGAAAAGAUGGGAAGUGCUAUGCAGCACCUUCUCACAUUGGCCCCCUACAGUGAAAUUUCAGGGAGCAACAACAUUGAAUGGGAUGCUUCACAGGCAGUCCCUCUCUUCUUCCGUCAGUGGCUCCUGGAACCAGUGAUCUUAGAGAAGCUGAGUCAGCAUUAUGCAAGUAAAAAAAGGCUGUCACAGCAGAUGGCCAACAUCUUGUGUCAGUCACAGAUCCAUCUUGCUUCCCAUGACCUCCUGAAUGAGCUCUACAUCAGUGAUUUUGAUCUCACUGUCCACAACAAGAAGGAAUUUUGGCUGGACAUCAUGAAGGAACUAUGGGCGUCUUAUUUCCCAGCCUUCACGCUCGAACGUGGCGAUAACCACCCGUUCACAUUGACCACCAUCUUCAGCGAAGAAUGGGGUGCUGCGUAUUACAGCCACACAUGGGCAAGAAUGAUUGCAGCCGAUUCCUUCAACGCCUUUGAAGAGGUGGGCUUUGACAAGCCAGAUGAGCUGAAGAAGGUUGGACGCAGAUACAGAGAGACAUUUCUUUCUCUGGGAGGUGGAUGCCACCCGGCUGAGGUGUUCCGGCGAUUCCGAGGUCGGGAUCCAUCCCCGGACGCCCUUCUGCAUUCUCUUAGCAUCCACAGGCAGAAAUCCCAUCAUGCGAAGAGUCUCAAGCAAUCAGUUGCAUGACCUGUUUGGUACUUUUCUUUCAGUUUUUCUCUCCAUUCAGGUCAAAAGAGAAUGUCAGCUGGUACGGAGGUGAUUUCUUUCAAUGUGCUGCAUGUGUGCACUGCCUUUGUCGACCGUAUCGACUUGGAGUCGAUUUGCUUCUUGAAUAAAGUGUGAUUUCUGCAACUACAAAAAAACACACAG